AUGGCAUCGUUUAACAAAGCAAUGAAAGAGAGGGAAAUUGAAGUAAAUUUAGGAUUUCAAUGGUUUCCAAUUUCAGAUAAUCAGCAUCAACUUAAGCUCACCUGCCUCUAUCUAAAGCCUUGUUUUCUUCUUUCCACUUUUUCUUGUCUUGUUACGCGAUCCCAUUUAACUAUUCCCACAAGGAAAAUUAGAUUUUCCUUUAUCAUCCUUAAGAAACAUGAAACUGCACGAAACCAAAUUAGAGGAAAAUACGUUAGUGCUCAUGAAACGCCUUUGAAUAAAGAAAAUUGUCAUCACAGCACAUUCAGUGAACGUUGUCUCAAAUGGGAUUUUCGCGCAAUUGACAAUAAAUUAUAA